AUGUCGACACAAUCACCAACACCUCCCACUCCAAAGGGUCCUCGAAACAAUAACAACAACCGACGCAAUCAGAAAAGAAACAUGACCCCUUCAAUGCAGAAAGUCGCACCGGUGACGACUCCUCCGUCCUCGCCGCCGCGGAUCCCGAGCCCUGGAGAUGUAACUACAGAUUCCUCAAACAAUGUGAAUAUGUCGAAGAAAAAACCUGCCCGGUCUAAUAAGAAACCUCGGGAUGCGCCGCGAGCAUCUCCAGCUCAGAAAAGUGGUCAUCGACACACUUCCUCGCACCCGAACAACGCCAUGACACCUCAAUUGAAGGACAGUCCUCACUAUGCCGGUCCCACGUUUCACGCAUCCCCAGCACCUUCUGCUCUCCCCAUGCCGAGUUUCUUCUCUAAGUCCGUGCCGGAUUCAGAUAUUGCGACGUCACUGGACGCGGACAAUGACAACUCUGAUGCUGGACCGGACCUGGAAUUUACGCCUUCGAAACCCAAAACACGGCCGCAACCUCAGUGCGACGAUCAGAAAUCAACACCCCUUGAUUUUCUCUUCAAAGCUGCCGUCGAAGCCCGUAAUUCUCAGUCACAAUCCAGUCCUGAGCCUAACUCCAGGACGAGGACCCCCCAAACAGACUCCAAAAUUCUUCAACAACGCAAAACCGAGGGGGUCGCCAAUGGAAUCUUUUCCCUAGAAUUGGAAAGCCCCAACGUCCGCACUUCGCAAAUUGGGCCGUCCUUUGCUACGCCUUACAAGGAUCGCAUGAAUGCAUUGCGGUCUGCUAGCUCUCCCUCUCCGCCUGUGGCAGAACUCGACGAAGACCAGCGGAGAGCUAAGACUGAAGCAUUAAAAAGUUUGUUACUUAAUCCUCGUCCGCAGCGACCUUCAUAUGCGUCGCACCCGGCUCAUGAACACACCAACGGGUACAAGGAGCGACCGAGUCCUGGCGCCAGCGUUCCUCAUCUUGCGACCCCGCUACGGACUAGUUCUGGACCACCAGCCACCAGCCCGUACGAACAAAGACCUCGCGUGGCUGGCAACGCGCCGUAUCCACCGGUUUAUGAGCAUACGUACUCUGGCGGUGCCCAACCAACGCGGGCUUACAACCCGGCACCGAGAAAAGAAAAUCUGACCUCGAUUGCUGGGAGCACCGGGGACUUUGCGGGGCAGCCAUACCGUUCUUCUCACGUUGCCUAUGAUCCAAAGCACCCAUACAACUCGGUGCAUUCCUACUCCCCUGUUCACCAACAGUCUCCUUCGUCCCGUUCCAUGUCGACGAACACAUCAGCUCAGACCCUCGACACCAAGAAGAUGGAAGAUGAUCUGCGACGAGUUCUGAAGUUGGACGUGAGCCCAGGCUUUCCUCCCAAUGGGAUUCAGAGCUCGUAUGCGUGA